AUGUGCAGAUGUCCAAGAUGGGCCUCUUGGAACACCGGUGUUUUUAUUUGCAUCAGAUGUGCUGGAAUACAUCGAAAUCUUGGAGUCCAUAUAUCAAGGGUCAAAUCUGUCAACUUGGAUCAGUGGACACCAGAGCAAAUACAGUGCAUGCAGGAAAUGGGAAAUACCAAGGCCAGAUUGCUCUAUGAAGCUAAUCUACCGGAGAACUUUCGAAGACCUCAAACAGAUCAAGCUGUUGAAUUUUUCAUCAGGGAUAAAUAUGAAAAGAAGAAGUAUUAUGAUAAAAAUGCAAUUAAUGCCUUCAAUAUUUCUUCUUCUGACGCUGCUCAGCCUUUGGCAUCCUCUCCCUCUCUGCAAGCUGCUGCCGAGAAGAGCAAAGCAGAGAAGGAAAAAGAAAAAAAGAAAGAAGAGAAAAAGAGAGAGAGAGAAGCAGAAAAACCAUCAAAACAGCUAGCUGUUGAAAAGCCACAGAAGAAAGAGGAUCAGCAAUUAGAAGUUAAAGCAAGUCCAAAAAAGUCAACAGAACCCACUAUUGAUCUGUUAGGACUCGAUGGUCCGGCUGAAGCAUCUGUUACAAAUGGAGGCACCACCACUGUUACAGCUUUGAAUGAUGACCUGGAUAUCUUCGGCCCAAUGAUCUCUAAUCCAUUACCGGCAGCCGCUGUACCUCCUGCUCAGAGCACUUCCACUAAACCAGCAGCUGCCACCUUAUCUGCUGCGUCCGGGGAUCUUGAUCUAUUCACUGAGCAAACAACAAAAUCAGAAGAGUCAGCAAAGAAGCAACUCUCCAAAGACUCCAUCUUAUCACUAUAUGGCACAGGAACCAUGCAGCAGCAAAGUGCUCCAGGUAUGUUCAUGGGAUCCUCUGCCAUGCCGUUCACCACGCAGCAAUCCACUCACUUCCAAGGUUUUCCCGCCAUGGGAGUUCCUGUGCCUGCAGCAACUGGAAUGAUGGGAAACAUGAUGGGACAAUCUGUGCCGGUCAUGGGGCAGAGCCCGGGUGUGAUGGUAGGGAUGGGAAUGCCCAAUGGAUUUAGUGGCACUGCACCAAGCGGUGUGAUGGGACUGCCUCAGAACGUCGUCGCGCCGCCCGGAGGGAUGGCGGGGCCGGCGGUCACGCACGGCUUGCAGCAGAGUCAGCAAGCCCAGUGGAACCUCCCGCAGUGGAACAUCUUGGAAGGAGAUUUUGAGACCUUACUGAUUCCCAUGAAGACUUCGUCAUGGAAGAUAGCAACUGAUUUUUUUUCUGUAAUAUUCUUUGAAUUAGAAAAAUCAUAUAAUAAUUACUUGCUGCUUACUGCAGUACUUUGUGAAAUGAACCUUAAAGGCUUAUUUAGCUUUAAUGAUGUUAACUUUUACUAUUCUGUUCAAUCCUACAUUGUGAACACUGAUGAAGGUGGGCAGUAUUUCCUAAAUGGAUAA